AUGGCCACAGAGACAACUGGGGUAGUUACAGGGGCGGUUGCAGAAAAGGCUCUCCUUCUGCUGAAAGUGGGAAUUUGGAUGUGUUCCAUAGUGCCACCAAGGACUGAUAUGUCUGAAAGAAAGAGUUUGUUUCUCGCAUCUUCAGAAGUGGACUGCACAAAACUCACCACUUUGAUGAGGGGACUCUGUAAAAUAGAUCAGGUAGUUGGGUUGUUUAAUGCAAUAGGGGCGAAAUGGUUUCAACCCAAUACAAUUACUUGUGGAACAAUUAUAAAUGGGUUGUGCAAAACGGGGAACACUAGGGCUGCAAUAGAGUUGGUUAAGAAGAUGGAAGAGAGAAAUUGGGAAACCAAUGUCAUUGCUUAUAACAUGAUCAUUGACAGUCUUUGUAAGGACAGAUUGGUAGCUGAGGCUUUUGACUUCUUUUCAGAAAUGAUACAUAAAGGCUUUUUGCCAAAUGCUUAUACUUACAACUCCUUAAUCCUUGUCCUAUGCAAUUCAAACCAAUGGAAAGAGGCUACAAGGUUAUUGAAUGAAAUGGUGAACCGAAAAAUCGAACCGAAUGUAAGAUCCUUCACUAUAAUGGUGGAUGCACUUUGUAAGGUAGGGAAGGUUGCAGAAGCAGUAGAAAUAGUUGAAGUGAUGAUUCGAAGGUAUAAGGAGCCUAAUACAGUCACGUACAGUGCACUGAUAAAUGGAUAUUGUCUGCAAAGCAAAUUCCAUAAGGCAAAGAAGGUACUUGAUUUGAUGGUUGGUUGGGGUUGUACCCCUAAUAUUCAUAGCUAUAACAUCUUGAUUAAUGGGAAAACCUCUAACCGCAUAACAACUUCUGAACCAGAUGCAAGCCCAUGGCCAACAUCCUGA